AUGUCGUCAUCCAAUGAUUCCUCAUUGACUUCGAAUUCGGGGCCACCAUGGGAGCGAUCUCGCAAAUCCUUCUUCGACCUGCCUCCCAGGAUUCGCAUCAAUGUCGAUCGCGCUUUAGCCCGAGGGCAAACGGUAGUGACCAGAAGGGAUGACCGUGAGGCGACAAAACGGUCCAUCUGCCGCGACCGUGGUAUUGGCCUGAACCUCGUUUUCGUGUCCAAAGCCUGCCUUGCUGAGGCGAAGCCAACAUUACUGUCAGAAGCCACGUUUGAUGUCGACUUCAACGGCAUGGCUCCCCUCAAGCCGGAGAUCCCCAUAGAGAUGCCAGAUUUCUCCCCAGCUGACCCUGCUCUGCUUCGUGCGAUUGAGAUCUCUUUCUGUCGUCAUACCAAUUAUCUACAGCCCUAUUGGCAUGGGCGCAAGAUGCGCAUUCAGUUUGUCCUAAAGUGCAUUCUUGAGUUCGAUGACGGACAGACGGCAGGAUGGAAACCAGAGAAGGUGGUAUCCACGACUCCAUGGCCCAGUAUUGGCCGGAGGCACAUCAGAGCCGGCAUCGACCGACAUGAGAUUAUGGUCGAGCACAACACAAGGGCCGAAGGAGUUUGGGACUGGAACGACGACAGCAAACCCGGUAGGGAACGCUGGGACUGA